AAUGCCGGCGGAAGAUAAAAGUCGCCGGGUUUUCUGUAUCGGAACCGCCGAUACGAAGCUCGAGGAGCUCCGAUUCCUCGCCGACUCAGUCCGAUCCAACCUCGCCGCAUUCGCCACAUCUUCCUCAUCCAAGGUUCAAGUCACCGUUGUCGAUGUCUCCGUCGGCCGGAACCACUCCGAUUCCGAUCAUAACAUAACCGAUUUCGCCUUCGUUUCGAGAAACGAGGUGCUUCGUAGCAACUCCGAUGCCCCGGACCAGCUUCCGGAGGAUAGAGGCGAAGCGGUGGAUGUGAUGAGCAAGGCGCUGGAGAUUUUCGUAACGAAAUCACAAAGCGACGGCGUUUUAGUUGGAGCGAUAGGCGUCGGAGGCAGCGGAGGCACGGCUCUGGUAUCCCCGGCGCUUAGAUCGCUCCCGAUCGGAGUGCCGAAGCUUAUUGUGUCCACCGUGGCGAGCGGCCGGACGGACCAUUACGUAGGGACCUCGGAUUUGGUGCUGUACCCGUCGAUUGUGGACGUGUGUGGGAUUAAUAGCGUGAGCAGGGUCGUAUUGAACAAUGCUGCGGCUGCAUUUGGAGGGAUGGUGAUUGGAAGACUUGAGAGGAAAGAGAGUGGUGGUGAGGGUGAGAAGUCAACGGUGGGGUUGACCAUGUUUGGGGUUACCACUACUUGUGUGAAUGCUGUGAAAGAGAGACUGGAGGAGGAGGGGUAUGAGACUCUGGUUUUUCAUGCUACUGGGGUUGGUGGUGGGGCCAUGGAAUCUCUGGUCAAGGAGGGGUUUAUAAAGGGUGUUUUGGAUAUCACAACAACAGAAGUUGCAGACUAUGUGGUUGGAGGUGUCAUGGCUUGUGAUCCUUCUCGCUUUGAUGCUACUGUAGAGAAAGGGGUUCCUUUAGUCCUGAGCGUUGGAGCUUUGGAUAUGGUAAACUUUGGAGCUAAAGAUACCAUACCAUCCAAUUUUCAAAAAAGAAAGAUUCAUGAACAUAAUAAGCAGGUUUCACUGAUGAGAACCACAGUGGAUGAAAGCAAAAUAUUUGCUAGCUUUAUAGCAGAUAAACUGAACAAGUCAUCAUCAAAGGUCGUUGUUUGCCUGCCGCAAAAGGGUGUCUCUGCUUUGGAUGCACCAGGGAUGUCCUUUUAUGAUCCUGAGGCUACUGCUACUCUGAUAAAUGAACUUAAGAGGCUCAUUAAGACAAAUGAAGAUCGGCAGGUAAAGGUGUACCCUCAUCAUAUAAAUGACCCUGAGUUUGCAAAUGCAUUGGUUGACUCAUUUUUAGAGAUUAGUAUGAAGAAUCCUCUUCAGUCUACUCCUCAAGUUGCUUCUCCCGAGCCCAGUCAAGAAGUUCAUGAAAGUUCUGUUGCCCAGAUAAAUUUCUCAAGCUGUGAGACCACUCCACGCAGCCUGAGUGACUUCCCAGAUGCAAAACCAGAAACUCUGCAAAGAACUUGGGCGAUACUACAGCAACUAAGAGAUCAAAUAAAUAAAGGAAUACCAAUUAUAGGGGCUGGGGCAGGGACGGGUAUAUCCGCAAAGUUUGAGGAAGCUGGUGGAGUUGACCUGAUAGUGUUGUACAAUUCAGGGCGCUUUCGCAUGGCAGGAAGAGGUUCCUUGGCAGGCUUAUUGCCUUUUGCUGAUGCAAAUGCUGUAGUACUUGACAUGGCUAAUGAAGUUUUACCAGUGGUGAAGAAGGUACCGGUUCUUGCCGGAGUAUGUGGGACUGAUCCUUUUCGCCGAAUGGAUUUCUUCCUGAGGCAGGUGGAGUCAAUUGGAUUCUUUGGAGUUCAAAAUUUUCCAACUGUUGGAUUAUUUGAUGGUAAUUUUAGACAAAAUCUUGAAGAAACUGGAAUGGGAUAUCGAUUGGAGGUUGAUAUGAUUGAAAAAGCACAUAAGAUGGGUCUCUUGACAACCCCAUAUGCUUUCAAUCAAGAUGAAGCUGUGGAAAUGGCAAAAGGUGGUGCUGAUAUUAUAGUGGCUCAUAUGGGACUCACUACAGCUGGCUCUAUAGGGGCAAAGACGGCUGUUUCGCUGGAGGAAAGUAUAGUUCGUGUACAAACUAUUGCAGAUGCUGCACAUAGGAUCAAUCCCAAUGCUAUUGUGCUCUGCCAUGGUGGUCCCAUCUCUAGCCCAAAAGAGGCAGAAUUUGUACUUAAGAACACCAAGGGAGUUCAUGGCUUUUAUGGCGCAUCGAGCAUGGAGAGGCUACCCGUUGAACAAGCUAUAACCUCCACAAUGCAACAGUACAAAUCAAUCUCUUUCCACUGAAGUAUGAUCCUGUUCUUCACAAAGCCAGUUGCUUCAUUUCAUUCUUCUUUCAUUCCUUUACUGUGUCAUAUUUGCUUGCUUUAAUCAUAAUGGUAAAGAAAAACAUAGAAACUGAUUUGAUGUACAAUCGAUGUGAUGUCAACAUAUUUGUUUACUCGUUUCAACUAUAUACCGAUUGUAAUAUUGUGUGAUGUGAUCAAUGAUGAUACAUGUAUGCAUCAUAAGAGCCACUGGCCGGACACUGAUUAUUAACAAGCAAUCUCUUUCUUCUA